AUGCAGACCGCAGUGGUGCGUAUGGGCUCCAGUGAGCAGGCGGGCGCGGCGGUGGCAGAGCUAAAUGGCCUGGAGAUGGGUGCCAACUCGCGGCUGGCGGUGUCCCUGGCAAAGAACAGCGACGCGGAGCCCAGCGAGAAGCUCCGGGUCUCGGGUUUGCCCUCAGAGGCCACGGCUGGCUUCCUGCGCCAACUCUUCGGCCCCUUCGGCAAGAUUCUGGACGUCAAGCUCUCGGAGGAGAACUUGGCUUCUGGCCGCUCCGCCAUGGUGCGCAUGAGCUCCAUGGCGGGGGCGUCCUUGGCCAUCGCGGGGCUGAACGGCCAGACGCUGGACGGAUCGGAGCUGCCCCUGCACGUGCGGUUCUACCAGCCGCUCGAUGCGAUUGGCGGCAAUGGCGGCGUCCAGGGCCGCCCGGCCCACCGUGACAAUCGCUGGCCCGAGAAGCGGCGGUUUCCGCGGGAGCGGGGGACGCCGCCGCCCAUGAGGCCGGCGUGGAACCGUUCGGCCCCUCCUGCGGCUGCUUUGGGAGCGUUCCCAGUUCCCCCGCCGCCCUCGGGCCCACCUCCUGCGGGGCAGUGGUGCCCGCCGCUCCCCCCCGCGCCGCUGCGGCAGCGGUUGCCUGCGCCGGUGGCGCCUUCGCCUUCGCCGGCGGUGAUGCCAACGGGCCAGGCGCGGCCGAGCGUUCGGCCCACACGGACGCCGAAACCCAGCAGCAGGCUUCCCGGGGCUGCCUCAGACGAGUGA